CCCGCAAGCGCCACACGCACGCACGACCUUAUACACACGUGUAGAAGCUAUCUCCGUCCUUCUUGUUGCUCACGGUUUGAAUACUACAGAGUUGCAUGCAAGAUGUCUGCUAAACCACUGUCACCAAGGGAAUCGGGAAGAUUCAUUGCAGAACACUGUCAAGAUGUAACAAUUAAUCAGGAUGCAGCUAAGAAAGUUGCUCAAAUGAUAUGGGAGAGCUUAGACAAGCAGCAAUACAGCAUCAAAUCGUGGAAAGAAAAUGCUCUUCAUCCCAAGACAAUGACAGAUGCUACAGUCGACUGGAUAUUUGUCUUGGACACACUGAAUUUCUCUUUCUGGAGUGAGACAAACGACAAACGUUAUUUGGUGCGAUAUAACAAUGAGAAUCACAGCGGGUACUGGGCAUUGUGUGCUGCACUGAUGAGAGCAUGUGAUGAAGGCAUUCCAAUUACAAGUCCAUCCUACUACUCCAAGGUGACUCUGGAUGAGCUGAGACAUGUCUUCCGCUCAGAGACAGAUACAGGUAUCCAUCUCCUGGACAAGAGGAUAGAGAACCUACAUCAAACAGGCAAAGUUCUAAUGGAGAAAUUUGAUGGAUCCUUUGUGAAUUGCAUCAAGUGUUGUGAGAACAGUGCAGUCAAGCUGAUUGAACUUGUCACCUCACACUUCUCUUCUUUUAGGGAUGUGGCCACUUUCAACGGCACAGCGGUGUCUCUUUAUAAAAGGGCACAGAUUCUUGUGGCGGACAUCUGGGCGUGCUUUGAAGGACAGGGUCAUGGAUGCUUUACGGAUAUAGACACCUUGACAAUGUUUGCCGAUUACAGGGUGCCCCAAGGUUUGAACUACUUUGGUGUCCUGAGUUAUUCUGAUGCCUUAAAGAAGAGACUGGAAGAUGAGACUAAGCUGUUCACUCCAGGAGAGAGGUUAGAGGUCGAGAUCAGAGGGUGCUCAAUCUGGGCUGUGGAGCUGAUCUUACAAGAGAUGAGGAGGAUACGUGGGGAAGACCUGAAGAAAGGCGACGUUAUAGUGAACAGUAUCAUCAUUGACUUCUACCUGUGGACCUACUGCAAGGAUCACAGAGAUGUCAUGGCACACAUACCAAUACACAAGAUUAGAUCCAUCUAUUAUUAAAGGGAUAGGGUAACUUUGUCUCAGAUUCUAAAACAAAAUCCUGGAUUUAGCUCAUGCUGCAAUGAUUAAUUAUAAACCU